UCUUCUAUUAACAGAAGAGAAGAGAGAAGAGAGAAGAGAGAAAAGAAAGCAUAUCCGUCCAAGCAAAGCAAAAAAGAAAAACAUUUGUUGAUAAUUUUUGGGUUUCUGUUUGUGCUUGUACGGGUUUCUUAUUGCGUUUGUUUUGUUGUUGAAUUUGAAGUGAAGAAGAUGAUGGUAGCUAACAGCUUCGAUCUAUGGCAGAAAGAUGCUUUCUUUUCUGCUGCAGAAGAGGUUCAGGAAUCUGCUGAUGUAAUGGAAUCAGCAUAUAGAAUGUGGACAAGAGAGAAGAGAGAGGGAUCAAAACCAGAGGAUUUGGAUCAAUUCUCCCGAGAGCUCCAAACUGCUCUAGGCACUGCCAAAUGGCAGUUGGAGGAGUUUGAGAGGGCUGUUCGGUUGAGCUGUGGACAUUGUUCUGAUGAUUUCACCACAUCUAGGCAUAAGCAAUUUGUCACUGCUAUUGAAAGUCAAAUAUCUCUUGUUGAAGCAGCUCUAAGGGAAGCUUUUAGUGGGGAAGGAAAGCAACCUUUUCGAUGGGUGAAUCUAGAUAAAGAAGAAUGUGAUGAUUUAGCCAUGUUUCUAUCUGGAACCAUCCAAAUUCCAGAGAAUGUGAAAGAUGACUUCACCACAGCCAAAUCUCCCAUGAAAGGUUCUCCUGGAGAGAACCCUCAUAAGAGAAAAAAAGUGGACCAUAACUCUGGGCCCACCUGUAGUAGAGGUACUUCUGGUGAAAAUGAAUUCAUUAUUGAUAAUAAAAAUGGAGAAUUUAUUAUAGAUAUACAAGAGAAAGAAAAUCUUGGAAUGAGGGAUGAGAUAAUCAGUCAAGUUGAUAAAACAACUGGUUCAAGGACAACAUGGAGUUCGCCAAAUUUUGGUUCUAUGAAAUUCAUGGUUGCUCGUGAUGACAAACAAAGGGACAAAAUGAAGUCAAGUGUUGAGGCCACUACUAAAGAAAAAUGGUACAAACCUUUCUUCUGGAAGCGAAGGUGUGGAGAACAUUCUCAGGCAAAGGGAUCGAUUACUUUGUUCAAUCAGCUCUCUGGUCAGACUGGUGGUUUCCAAAGGCAAUUGCAAACCCCACUGCACCUGCAGUUCAGCUGUUCCAUCCAACUUACUCUUGCUUUAAUGCUCAGCAUUUUCUUAAUUGUGCCUUUUCUAGUUUAUUCAGCUUGAGAAGUAGUAUUACACUGCCCAUUAUUGAGGUGAAAGCAAAACUGAAGUUUCAAAUUGAGGAAUAUUGGAGCAAUUGAUAAGAGUCCACAUGGGAAAGAGUUGGAAGCUCUAUUUUGCUUUCAAACAUGUGUUAGAAACCGUUGUCUCUCAGGGUCAUGGAUCAAUCAGUCUUAUUUAUUUAGCUUAGGGCAAAAAAUGUUCAAUGUUGUGGGCUGCUGCAAUGACUUGUCAACACUGGAGCUAUUUAUGAAUGCUAAUAAUGAUUCCAUAGUCUAUAGUCCAAUCGAAGUACAGUGUUGAGUCUUGAGAAUUGGUUCAUCCAAAAUGGGGAUAAUAGAGGGAGCAUGGUGACAGUCUCAAGUGUGGAUACUUUCUCAAAAUUCUGUGUAAUAGUAUUUGAUGUUGUUAGCAAAUGUGAAUCUUGUGCAGUUGAGAUGACUAGAUGUUUAGUUUAACUGUCAGAUGUCCAAAGAGACUGAAUCUCCUCUUU